AUGCUACGUAGCUUGCGCCCAAGCAUCGAAUCGCGCAUCCUACAGAACUGGUCGAAGAAGGGAGCCGAAGCCAGUGAGACAGGAACCACAAAGAGUUCAGGCAGAGAGCCGAGCUUUCCGAUACCUCUCAACGACCGCCCCGUCCGGAGCAUCAGCGACCUGGAGCCCGUGCGGACGCACUACCCAGGUUUGUCUGGGCCUCAACAGGAGAUGCCACAAGCGCAUGAGGCCUUCUGCUGCGCCACGGGGCCCCGCAUGGAUCCCGAUGAGAUGCUGGAAAAGCUCUGGUGGUGUUGGUGGUGCUGCUGCGUCGGCGCGGGCUGCCGGCACUUCCGUGCUGCCCCAGGCGUCACCUUCAACUGCCUUUGUUUCAACACGUACUUGAACUCGACGCCCUGUCGCGAGAAGGACACUCGCUUCUGCUGCGGCACGGUGGACGAGUGCUGUUGCUGCGUCUGCUUUUGCAGGGGGCCUGCACAGCAAGGCGAUCCCCGCUGCAUCUGCUGUGGUUGGGACUGUUGUGGUCCAGUCGGCGGCAUUCCCCUCCCGGGAGACAGCAAGGUAAAGAAGUCGCAGUCACGUCUCCGGACCAUCGACAAGAGCCUCAUCACGCCUUUCAUCCCCUGCUGGUGCUGUUGCGCGGGACUCCGGUUGCGAUGGCCUUACAGCUGUGCUGACACCUACUGUCGGUGUUGUUGCUUCGAGUACUCCUUCAGCACCGGCUGCCCCGAGCUCGAGUCGGGUCUCUGCCUGCACCUGGUAAAUUGCUGGUGCUGCUACUCCCUGGGCAAGUGCCCUCCGACCAUCCGCCACAACCCGAUCUGCGCUUGCUGCGGCUGCAGGGCUGCACGUGACUGGUGGUCACCGCAGCAGAAGGCGCUAGGUACGUAG